CGUCGCGUCCUGUUGUCUGUGGCCAACCCUUCACCUCUCAUCCCGGGGGAAAUUUUGCCCCACAAACUCUAGCGCGACGGAUCACAAGCGAGGGCAAAAUUUUCUGGGCGAUUCCGGCUGAAGGGAACUGCGGUAUCAUGUCGGACGACACCGGCCGCACUCUACCCAAGUUCGGCGAAUGGGACGUCAACAACCCGGCCUCCGCCGACGGGUUCACGGUUAUCUUCAGCAAAGCCAGGGAUGAGAAGAAAGCCCCCCCGGCCAAAGGCCAAGGCCACAUCAGCAACAGGUCGGCGGACAUGAAGGACUCCUCCAGGGCCGACAAGGUGACCUCGUACAACUCCAGGAACAACGCAUCGAAGAAAUGGUUCUGCUGCGUCUCGCCCAGUCCCACACAAUCCUGAGGAAGCUAAUGAGCUGUGCAAUGCAGAACGAAGAGGAAUGCAAUGCUGCAGCUUGGUGUCAUUCUGUGAUGGCUAUGUGUAGCUCUGUUGCUGGCAGGCUGCCCAUGAGCUCUUCAGAUUCGGGUCCUGCCAGCCAGUGACACGAGCACUAUGUGUAGCCGUUUCAUCAUAUAAGAAAUUACUCUGAUGGGUAA